GGUAGUAAUUAUUCAUGUGCUCUUGUGCAGUGGAUUCCAAGCCCAAACAGCUCAUUUGACGCCUGCUUCGAGCGAAGGCGCGGUCGCCCGUGACAGACACACAUGCCCGCUGACACUGCCAGACAAGAAAGAAAGCAUCACGCACCAAAGCACGCCAUGGCGGAUUGGCCAUUGGCCCUUGCCGUACCGUACUAUUUCUAUACCAUAUCAUCUCCCCACGAUUGGAUCCAGGCAUCCAUCCAGUACCGCCACCCAGUGAGCACAGCACCUAGCUACCUAGGGCCCGGCAGCCGGCACAAUGGAGCCAGCGGCGGCGACGACCAUCCUGCUUCUGCUGCUCGCGUCGGCCGUGGCCGUGAGCGCGCGCGGGGGCGCGGAGAGGGCGCCGACGCUGGUGUUCAUCCUGGCGGGGCAGUCCAACAUGGGGGGCCGGGGCGGCGCCACGUCGGGGAACCGCUGGGACGGCGUCGUUCCCCCGGAGUGCGCGCCGUCACCGCGCACGCUGCGCCUCUCGCCGUCCCUCCGCUGGGAGGAGGCCCGGGAGCCGCUGCACGCCGGCGUGGACGCGGGCAACGUGGUGGGCGUGGGCCCCGGGAUGCCGUUCGCGCACGCGCUGCUCCGCUCCCCGGCCUGCCCGCGCGGCGCCGUCGUGGGGCUCGUCCCCUGCGCGCAGGGCGGCACCCCCAUCGCCAACUGGUCCCGCGGCUCCGAGUUGUACGACCGGAUGGUCACCCGCGCCCGCGUCGCCGGCGCCGGCACCGGGAAGAAGAUUGCGGCGCUGCUGUGGUUCCAGGGCGAGGCUGACACCCUGCGGCGCGAGGACGCGCUGGCCUACGCCGGCAGGAUGGAGGCGUUCGUCCGCGACGUCCGCCGGGACCUCGCCUUGCCCAACCUCCUCGUCAUCCAGGUUGGGAUCGCGACGGCGCAGUGGCAGGGGAAUAAGCAGGGGAAGUGGCUGGACCUGGUGAGGAAGGAGCAGAGGGCGGUGCGGGUGGCGAACCUCAAGUACGUGGACGCCAUGGGGCUGCCCAUCGCCAACGACAUCACUCACCUCACCACCCAGGCGCAGGUCCGGCUCGGCAAGAUGCUCGCCGACGCAUACAUAUCCACGCUCUGAUGAUUAGUUUGGCGAAGAUUAGUUGUGGACAACACAACAGAUGAAUAAAUCUGAUUCAGUAUGUAGCAGUAGGAUACUUGAUGUGAGGCUCCCAAACAAAGUGCGGGCUUAGAUUAUUGCUGCCAUUAUUUAUUGAUGUACACAAAGAUUGGAAUCGGAAGCACUUCACACAAGAAUCUCCGUGGAGGAAGACAAAAGUAAAUUCGUUGCAAA